CCAGCUAGAAGCUCAAAACAGGGUUUCAGCUGGUAGAAAACAUGCCAUCCUCUUGAAACAUUUCGCCAGUGUCACACUGGGUAAGAAACUCAGCCAGUGCCACACGGGAUUGCAAGUCCUCCUGGCGGCACUGUGGUUAGAAGUCUGCACUUGACCGCUCAGAAAGGAAUAAUGUCACCCAGGCCCCUUUCCUGUUUUCUCCACUCCUGAAGCUAGUCCCUGAUCUAGGCUCUGGCCUUCCCCAGCCUAGGAGGAGGACGAGUCCCCUAGAAACCCGCACGUUUGCCUGAAACAUGAACUCUCAGAAGGAAGAGCUGCAGGACCGGGCCAUCGUCAGAAUAGCAGCUCACCUACCGGACCUCAUCGUCUACGGGGACAUCUGCCCAGAGCGGCCCUCCGUGGAUUAUUUUGACGGAGUCCUGAUGUUUGUGGACAUUUCAGGCUUUACCGCGAUGACCGAGAAGUUCAGCACCGCCAUGUACAUGGACCGAGGGGCUGAGCAGCUGGUGGAGAUCCUCAACCACUACAUAAGCGCAAUAGUGGAGAAGGUGUUGAUUUUUGGAGGAGACAUCUUAAAAUUCGCAGGUGACGCGCUUCUAGCCCUGUGGAAGGUGGAGCGAAAGCAACUGAAGAACAUGAUCACAGUGGUCGUCAAGUGCAGCCUGGAGAUCCACGAGCUGUUCGGGGCCCAGGAGUCAGAAGGCCUGGAUGUCCGAGUCAAGAUAGGACUGGCUGCCGGCCACAUCUCCAUGCUGGUCUUCGGAGACGAAACCCGCAACUUCUUCCUGGUGAUCGGCCAGACGGUGAACGACGUGCGCCUGGCACAGAACAUGGCGCACAUGAACGACGUCAUCCUGUCCCCCAACUGCUGGCAGCUGUGCGACCGCAGCAUGAUAGAGAUCGAGAGGAUCCCGGACCAGAGAGCUGUCAAGGUUAAUUUCUUAAAACUACCCCCUACGUUUAACUUUGAUGAAUUUUUCACAAAGUGUAUGACCUUCAUGGAUUAUUAUCCCUCUGGAGACAACAAAAACCUCCUGAGGCUAGCCUGCAUGCUGGAGUCCGACCCUCACCUGGAGAUGUCCCUGCAGAAGUACGUGAUGGAAAGCAUAUCAAAACAGAUUGACGACAAACAGCUUCGGGGUUAUUUGUCCGAGCUCCGUCCAGUGACCAUUGUGUUUGUGAACCUGGUGUUUAAGGACCAAGACAAAGUCGAGGUCAUAAGCUCGGCCAUCCAAGAUGCCUCUGUGCAUAUCAGUUCCGUCCUGCGUGACCUGCGUGGCCAGAUCAAUAAAGUCUUCAUGUUCGACAAGGGCUGCUCCUUCCUCUGCGUCUUUGGCUUCCCUGGGGAAAAGGCCCCCGAUGAGGUCACGCAUGCCUUGGAGAGUGCUGUGGGCAUAUUUGACUUCUGCUCUCAGGUCCACAAAAUCCAUACCGUUUCCAUCGGCGUGGCCAGCGGGACUGUCUUCUGUGGGAUCGUCGGACACUCUGUGAGGCACGAGUACACAGUCAUUGGUCAGAAAGUCAACAUAGCCGCCAGAAUGAUGAUGUGCUACCCGGGCAUCGUGACCUGCGACUCCGUUACCUACAACAGCAGCAACCUGCCGGCCUACUUCUUCAAAGAGCUCCCAAAGAGAGCCAUGAAGGGGGUCGCGGAUUCCGGGCCCGUCUACCAGUGCCUGGGCCUCAACGAGAAAGUCAUGUUUGGCAUGGCCUACCUCAUCUGCAACAGGAGCGAGGCUUACCCUCUGUUGGGCCGUGAGAAGGAGCUGAAGUACUUCCAGUCCACCAUGAAGGAAUUCCUGACGUCCAACUGCAGCCGGAUCCUCAUGUACGAAGGAUCGUCGGGGUACGGCAAGAGCCAGCUACUCAUGGAAAUUGAGUACCUGUCCCAAGGUGAAAACCACAGGACUAUUGCUAUCGCCUUGACCAAGAUCGGCUUCCAUCAGAACUUUUACACCAUCCAGAUCCUCAUGGCCAACGUCUUGGGUCUGGACACUUGCAAACACUACAAAGAACGGCAGGCCAACAUCCAGAACAGAGUGACGACGAUGCUGGACGAGAGGUUCUACUGCAUCUUCAAUGACAUCUUCCACGUCCAGUUCCCGAUUUCACGAGAGGUGUCCAAGAUGAGCAGCCGCAGAAAGCAAAAGCAGUUGGAGGCGCUGUUUAUGAAGAUCUUGGAGAAAACAGUGAAACAGGAAAGGAUCAUUUUCAUCAUCGAUGAAGGCCAGUUUGUAGAUUCGGCCUCCUGGGCCUUCCUGGAGAAGCUGAUCCGGACCGUCCCUGUCUUCCUCAUCAUGUCCCUGUCUCCGUUCGUGGAGACGCCCUGUGAAGCUGCCAAUUCCAUCAUCAAGAACAGGAAUACCACCUAUGUCACCCUCGGCGCCGUGCAGCCCAGCGACAUCCGCAACAAGGUCUGCCUGGACCUCAACGUCAAGGGCAUCCCCAAGGAACUGGACUUGUACCUGAUGGAAGGAAGCUGUGGGAUCCCAUUUUACUGCGAAGAGUUGCUGAAAAAUCUCGAACAGCACAGGGUACUUGUUUUCCAGUCAAUGGAGUCCGAGGAAAAAGCCAAUGUGACUUGGAAUAACCUGUUCAAGUCUGUGGCUAAGCCAACAGAGGACUUGAAAUCAUUCACUCUCGACAGCGAAGAGGGAAACGACGAAGUCUGCAAACUUGCCAGCGGUGUGAGACUGAAAAACCUGUCACCGCCGGCCACGCUGAAAGAGAUCUCCCUGGUGCAGCUGGACAGCAUGAGCCUCUCCCACCAGAUGCUGGUGAGGUGCGCGGCCAUCACCGGCCUGACCUUCACGACAGAGCUGCUGUUCGAGAUCCUCCCGUGUUGGAACAUGAAGAUGAUGAUCAAGGCUCUGGCGACGCUGGUGCAAUCCAACAUCUUCGACUGCUUCCGGAACGGCAAGGAGCUGCGGGUGGCCCUCAAGCAGAACUCGUCCUCGUUUGAGGUGAAUUAUCGCUCCCUGUCUCUGAAGCCCAUGGAAGGACACGGUGAGGAGGACGAGAAGCUUCGCGAGCUGGAGAGCGAGGUCAUCGAGUGCCACAUCAUCCGGUUCUGCAGGCCGAUGAUGCAGAAAACCGCCUAUGAGCUGUGGCUGAAGGACCAGAAGGUGACCAUGCACCUGAAGUGUGCCCGCUUCCUAGAGGAAAAUGCCCACCGGUGUGACCAGUGCUACGGCAGGGAGUUCAUCCCCUACCACCACUUCACCAUGGACAUUCGGCUCAACUCCCUGGACAUGGACUCCAUCCGGAGGAUGGCCAAAUCCCAGGGAUUUAAGACCGAAGAAGAGAUCAACUUUUCCAGAAUAGAGAUUACAAGGAAGCAUGAGAUAUUUUCGGAAGAUCUCAGUCCCGAGGAAAUCCGCGAAAAGAUCUUGAGUUUCUUUGACAUCAUCGUGACAAAGAUGAGCCCGUCGCAGGAAGACAUCGUCCCGUUGGAAACCUGUCAGUGUGAGGAGGUCCUGGAGCUGGUCCUCAUGCCGCUGGCCUACCACUUCCUGGCUCUGGGCGAAAACAGCAAAGCCCUGUACUACUUCCUGGAGACGGCGUCCGCCUACCUCAAGCUGGAGGACAACUACAUGGCAUACACAUAUUUGAAUGAGGGAGAGAGGCUGCUGAAAACCCUUAAGAAGAAAAAGUCUUGGAGUCAUACUUUUGAGCUUGCCACCUUCUGUAGCCUCAAAGGCCAGGUGUGUUUCAACAUGGGCCAGAUGAUGCUCGCCAAGAAAAUGCUGAGGAAGGCCCUGAGGCUCCUCAACCGAAUUUUCCCUUACAACUUUGUAUCCAUGAUUUUCUAUACCCAUGUCGAGAAGAACAGACAUCUUUACUACACGGGUCUGCAGGCCCAAGAGUGCUCACCCCCAGGGAACAAGCGGCUGGCGGAGCUGUACCAGCAGGCCAUCUGCCUGUCCUUCCUGUGGAAGAUCUACAGGCUCAACUACUUCUUCCACUACAAGUACUACGCCCAUCUGGCAGCCCUCAUGGGGCUGACCACCGCCCUGGAGAUGCAAGACGACUUCCAGAUCAUUAAGGCCUACCUGGACUACGCACUGCACCAGCAGCUGGCUGGCUACGAGGGCUUGUGGUUAAAGCACGAGAUCAUGGCCAUGGAGCAGAUCUUCAACCUCCCGCUGAAGGGCAGGGGCGUGGAAACCGUGGCGUACGUGGCCGACACGCUGGGCUGCAACAAGUUCCUGAUGGGUCACCUGGACUUGGCCAUCGACCUGGGCUCCCGUGCCCAGAAGAUGUGGUCACUGCUCCGGAACCCCUACAAACAAUCGAGGGUCCUCCGCUGGCUCAGCAGAUGUCUCUACAUGAAAAACAGGUACAAGCAGCUGGUCCAGGUGCUGGGCUUUCUGUGGGACAUCUCCGUAGCAGAAGGCCACAUCUUCAGCAGGGCAUUCUUCUACUUCAUCUGCCUGGACCUCAUGCUGUAUUCUGGCUUCGUGUACAGGCCCUUCAGCGAGUGCAUGGAGUUCAUCCAGGAGAGCCAGGACAACAGGAUCCUCAAGUUCCAGAGCGGCAUCCUCCUGGGGCUCUACUCCUGCGUGGCCAUCUGGUAUGCCAGACUCCAGGAGUGGGGCGACUUCCAGAUAUUCUUCAAUAAAACUAAACAUCUAGUGCCGAGGAGGACGCCCACCACCCUCUACUACCAAGGGAUAUGCAGGUACAUGGAGGCCCAGGUUCUGCACUUGCAGAAGCAAAUCGAAGAACAGUCUGAGAACGCUCAGGACAGGGGCGUGGAGCUGCUCAAGAACCUGGAGACCCUGGUGUCUGAGCACAACAUAAGCCUGGUCAUGUCCCCGAGGCUGUACCACCUCAUGGCCUACGUGUGCAUCCUCAUGGGCGACGGGCAGAACUGCGACCUCUUCCUGAACACGGCCCUGCAGCUGGCGGAGGCCCAGGGCAACCUGCUGGAGCUGGGCUGGCUGAGCAUGAACAGAGAACGGUGGUACUCCAGCUCCCAGAUAACCGAGGACACGUGGGCGCAGACGCUCCAGAAACUCCCGCCGUGGGAAAAGGUGGUGUCCGGCAAGGUGAACGCGCAGGAUAUUCAGAAAAACAAGUUCCUCAUGAGGGUGAACAUCCUGGACAACCCUUUCUAG